UCGUGUAACCUGUUUUUAUACUGUCUAUGCGUGUAACUUAAAGAGUUUAAAUAAGUGCAGCUCGUUUGUGUUAUAAUAAACGUUUUAAUGAAUACGUUAUUUUCUAUUGUUAGAUUAUUUCUACUAGCGAUAAUGAACAGCUGUUAAGAGUAAAGCACAGAAAAGAAGCGGUUGAUCAUGAACACUGUUUGGAUCGAAACAUUUAAAAGAUUUAAAAACAUUUAACGUUACACAAAAUAUGCAGAAAAGAGCUGUCCUUGACUAGAGUAAUCAUCUUGUCAUAUCUGUUGUUAAUUUACAUGAUUGAUAAUAAACUGUUUUUACAGAGAUGCAUAUAAUAAUAAGCAUGUUUAAUGCUUUAUCUAAUUAUUCGAAAGUUUAUUACAGAUUAUGUCUGUGUUGUUUUCUGAAUUUGCUAGUUUUGAGUGUUUAGACCCACACAGACAUCUGUCUGUUAAUUAUUCUCAUCUUAAACUCAGAUAAACUCCUUCUGAAGCACACUGUUAUAAAGAUGGAGUUCAUUAAAGAGGAGAGUAAAGACGUGAAGAUUGAAGAAACAGUCAAACAUGAAGAUACUGAGGAACAAACAGACCUGAUGGCGCUGAAAGAGGAGAGUCAAGACCUGAAUGAAAUGGAAGAGAAAAAUCAGUAUGAGAAAUAUCAUGAUCUCAUGGCUGGAGAAAAAUCUUUUAGUUACUCACAGACUUAUAAAACCGAAGCUACAAACCUUAAAGUCCAGAUGAGAGUUCACACUGGAGAGAGUCCUUUCAUCUGCCAACACUGUGGAAGGAGUUUUAUUAGAAAACAAGGCUUUAAAAGUCACUUGAAAAUCCACACUGAAGAGAAUUUGUUCAUGUGUCCUCGGUGUGGAAAGAGUUUUACACAGAAAAAAACACUUAAUGCUCACAUGAGGAGUCACUCUGGAGAGAUGAAGCCUUACUCCUGCAAACUGUGUGAGAUGAGCUUCAGAAGAAGAGAAGGUUUUAGGUCUCACAUGAGAGUUCACACUGGAGAGAGCCCUUUCAUCUGUCAACAGUGUGGGAAGGGUUUUAAUCGAAAACAAAGCCUUAAAGUUCACUUGAAUACCCAUGCUGGAGAGAAGCUGUUCAUAUGCCCUCAGUGUGGAAAGAGCUUUACACAGAAAUCAACCCUUAAAUCCCACAUGAGGAUUCACACUGGAGAGAAGCCGUACUCCUGCAAACUGUGUGGGAAGAGUUUCUCAGUAAAAGGAAGUCUUAAAAUUCACAUGAGAAUUCACACUGGAGAGAAGCCGUUCACAUGCUCUCAGUGUGGAAAGAGUUUCAAACAGAAAAAGUAUCUCAAUGGCCACAUGAGAGUUCACACUGGAGAGAAACCUUUUGAUUGUGAUCAGUGUGGAAAGAGUUUUGUAUUUAAAUCAAACCUUAAUCAACACAUGAGGAUUCACUCCGGGGAGAACUGUUUUAUAUGCCAUCAGUGUGGAAAGAGUUUCUCACACAGAGGAAACUUUGAGAUUCAUGUGAGAGUUCACACUGGAGACAGACCUUACAAGUGUCCUCAGUGUGAAAAGAGCUUCACAGUUAAGGGAAACCUUAAUACUCACAUGAGAGUUCACUCCGGAGAGAUGCCUUAUAAGUGUCCUCAGUGUGAAAAGAGCUUCAGAUAUAAAUCACACCUUAAUCAACACAUGAGGAUUCACUCUGGGGAGAACUUUUUUAUAUGCCAUCAGUGUGGAAAGAGUUUCUCACAGAGAGCAGAUUUUGAGAUUCAUGUGAGAGUUCACACUGGAGACAGACCUUACAAGUGUCCUCAGUGUGAAAAGAGCUUCACAGUUAAGAGAAACCUUAAUACUCACAUGAGAGUUCACACUGGAGAGAUGCCUUACAAGUGUCCUCAGUGUGCAAAGAGCUUCACAGUUAAGAGAAACCUUAAUACUCACAUGAGAGUUCACACUGGAGAGAUGCCUUACAAGUGUCCUCAGUGUGCAAAGAGCUUCAGAUAUAAAUCACAGCUUGAUCUUCACAUGAGGAGUCACCCUGGAGAGAAUUGUUUUAUAUGUCACCAGUGUGGAAAGAGUUUCUCACACAGAGCUAUCUUUGAGAAUCACAUGAGAGUUCACACUGGAGAGAAGCCUUUCACCUGCCGAGAGUGUGGAAAGAGCUUCACAAAUAAAGGAAACCUUAGGAUUCACAUGAAAAGUCACACUGGAGAGAAACCUUACAAGUGUGUUCAGUGUGAAAAGAGCUUUUCAUAUCAAAAUAACCUGAAACGACAUAUGCAAACUCAUUCUGUAAAUAAACUGCUAUUGUCUUGACAAGAGGUUUAGAAGCAAUUAGAGGAACCAUCAGACAAUGACUGUGUUCGUUCAAUCUAAUAAAAACAUCACACUUAUACAUAUUUUGGUCCUUUACAUAUAAAAGUAAUGUAAAUGUGAGACCCUGUUUGUGUUCUUUUUUUAGAGUACUGUUACAAAAAAGCUGAUUCAAGUGUGAUUAGGAAUGCUUUUUAAACUAAAAAUAAGGAAUUAAACUUUUAGUCUUUAAAGAACCACCAGAUACAAGUGCACAUGUAAUAAUUAAACAGCAUUUAAAUAUAAACGGCCUAAUGUUACUGGAUGAAA